UUUAAAAUUUUUUGUUGACCUUGCGACAUCUGGCGGAAUAAAUUGUAACUAGCGGCACGUAGAAAAUGGCGGCAGAAGAGAAGAAAUCGACAAGUUCAAUUUUGAAAAGAAAAUCGGAAGACGUGGAAAACAAUGAACCGGAAGCGAAAAGAAGAAUUACUCAACCAUCAAGGGAUAAAAGUAGGAACUGUCCAUAUCUAGACACCAUUAACAGGCACGUUCUAGAUUUCGACUUUGAAAAAUUAUGUUCGGUUUCCUUGUCGCGUAUUAAUGUUUAUGCCUGUAUGGUUUGUGGAAAAUACUUUCAAGGUCGAGGUCCUAACACUCAUUGUUACAUGCAUAGUGUUCAGGCAGGUCAUCACGUUUUCCUCAAUCUGUCAACACUCCGUUUUUACUGCCUUCCAGACAAUUACGAAAUUAUUGAUUCGUCGCUCGAUGAUAUUACGUAUGUGCUGAAACCAACGUUUACUCUAAAAGAAAUAGCUCAUUUAGAAUCAAAUAACAAAUUAUCAAGAGCGUACGACGGAACUACGUAUAUGCCAGGUAUUGUCGGAUUGAACAACAUUAAAGCAAAUGAUUAUUGUAAUGUUAUAUUACAGGCACUCUCUCACGUGCCUCCCCUCAGAAAUUAUUUCUUAAGGGAAGAAAAUUAUAGUAAAAUUCCAAGACCGCCUGGUGACAUUAUGGUGUUAUUAGUUCAAAGAUUUGGCGAAUUGUUAAGAAAAUUAUGGAAUCCUCGGAAUUUUAAGGCGCACGUCAGUCCUCACGAAAUGUUACAGGCUGUGGUGCUUUGCAGCAAGAAGAAGUUUCAAAUUACAGAACAAGGUGAUCCUAUUGCAUUUAUGUCAUGGUUUUUAAAUAGUUUGCAUCUUGCUUUAAAUGGAAGUAAAAAAGAUCAAAGCAGUAUUGUUUAUUGUGCAUUUAGAGGUGCUAUGAGAAUGUAUUCCAAAAAAAUUAUAUCUAUCGAUAAGAGUGAAGAAGAAAAACAACAGUUGUUGAUGAGUGACGAUUAUAGAGAAAAAAUGGAAAAAUCAAAUUUCCUGUACUUGACUGUGGAUCUACCUCCUCCUCCAUUGUAUAAAGACGAACUGAAAGAGAAGAUCAUUCCUCAAGUACCAUUAUUCACUAUAUUAGCCAAAUUUAAUGGUACAUCAGAAAAAGAAUAUAGGACCUAUAAAGAUUCUACAAUGAAAAGAUUUGAAAUAACAAAAUUACCUCCUUAUUUAAUACUUUAUAUAAAAAGAUUUACCAAAAAUACAUUUUUUGUUGAAAAAAAUCCAACUAUCGUGAACUUUCCAAUCAAGAACGUAGACAUGACAGAAUUGCUUCAUCCCAGCGUACGCAAUACGCAUCCGAAAUGUGUGUACGACCUGAUAGCCAACAUCGUACACGACGGAGAACCGGGCGCGGGAAAGGGCACUUACCGCAUUCACAUAUUGCACCGCGGCAGCGGAAAAUGGUACGAAAUGCAAGAUCUGCACGUAACAGAAAUACUGCCGCAGAUGAUUACAUUAUCCGAAGCAUAUAUUCAGAUUUGGGAAAGAAGAAGACAGACAAAAUAGUUUGGAAAAGUGUAUUUUUCAUGUACAGUACAGAUUCAUCAUCAUCAUCCUCAUCCUCAUCGUCCUCGUCGUCAUAUUUUUUAUGUAAAAUUGAAACGACAUAAAAUAAAUUACAACUGUAUUUGUGAU